AUGGUUCACCCAAGAGGUUCAACUGCUUCUCUCGCGAUCAAAUAGAGCAUUGAUAUGGGCUCAAGAAAUACUAAAGUUGAUUCCCUAGACAAGCAGAGUAAAACAGGUGGAUUUUGUUUAACCAGUAAUAAGAUAGCAGUUGAUCUUGAGGAAAUAAAAGCUUCUUAAAACAGGCUAUCUAUGGCACAAAGUCAAAGUAGUACUAAUGUGACAAAGCAGCAAUCGUAGAAUCAGAGCACUUAGUAGAAAUACACUUAAUACCAAUCUAAUAAGAAUUUGAUUAAGGUGAAUCUUUUAGACAAGCCAAGAAAUUCAAAUAUUGGGAUAAAAGGUCCACAUCCAUCCACUCAGAUCAAGAAUCUCAAAUUUGUUCCAUUAAAUGUGCUAUCAACACCAAUCUUGUAAUCAUUAUCACCAAGAUCAGAUCACUAAAUGCAGACUGUUUCAGCUCCAACUUAUCUCUAGAGGAAAAAUUCUCAAGAGAAAAGUCCUCCAAAGUUUCAAAAUUCAACAAAAGCCUAUCAAACAUAGUAAAGAUAAGUAGAAAACUAUCUAAAGACAUUUAACUCUCCAGAGCAUGUCCGUUAUUCAUCCAAAAUCUAAAACAGUAAAAAUAUUAAAAUGCAGACCUAAUUAAAAACAACUAGUAAGUACAAUGUUGCGGAUGAAAGAUAUUCAUUUUCUCCAAUUGUGUAUAAAUCAAAGCAAAUCAAGCAUUAAACGGACAUGGAAAGAGGAACAAUCUAAUCUAAGAAGCCCAAUCAAGAUUCUCUUAUUUUAUCAGAAUACAAUGUUUAUCAAACUACAUAAGCUUCUUUCCCUAAAUAAAAAAUCAUGACAAGUUUUUAACAAGACUUACCGAAUGUCUGCUAGACAAUACCAGUAACUACAGAAACAAGUAACUUUAUCAAGAUCUGCUAAGAGGAUCUUUAGAUUUGUGAUGUAGUAGAUGAACCUACAAGCAAAGAGAAUGAUAAGACACAAGACCAUUCAUCAAAUGCUUAUUAAGCUUCAAACUGGAAUAGUGUUUAGUAAUUUUACAACAAUGGAUUGAUUCAAAAGUCAGUUAAUACGGAUGGAAUAGCUUGCAUAAACUUUUCAUUAAGAUCAGUUUCUAACAUGAGUUUCACGAAUUAAGAAGAUGCUAACAGAAGAGUAUCUAGAAACAGUAAUGUUUAGGACUACGAAGCUAACAGUAAGAGUAGACUUAAUGACUAGCAUAGAUCUACAUCUCUAAACAAUAUGCAAAAGCGUAGUAGUCAACUAUUCUAGCCAAGUAAGACUGAUUAAGGAGUCGCUGAAAGGUUAAAACAAAAGUAAUACAUAAAAACUAAAGUGAAUACAUUAAACUAAGGAUCUCUUGAUAAUUCUUAUAAGAAACUGUAAAUUUCAAAAAAGCAAUAGCCAGUCCAGUCUACUAGAAAGAAUAGUAUUUCAACAGCUAACAAUUCAUCAAAGAUUAUUGAUUUUAAGUAAAGGAGUGACAGAUACUCAAUGUUGAUUUAGACAAAUAAUUCAUCUCCAUCUUAAUAGCCAUAUUCAUCUAAAACUUCUACAGCUUAGUCAAAGAAAUUAAUUGAUUAGCAUAAACCAAAGGAAAUAAAACCCAUAUAUGGAGUAUUAAAUGAAAGAGGAAAGCACUUAAUUAGCAAUGCUAGUAAAAAUUUCAAUUCGAAUUUUGGGAAAAUGCAGAAUUCAGAGCCAAAACAUUAAAAAGGAGAAUAGAUCAAAGUAGAAAUAAGACAGAAUUAUAUGAGUUCAAUAUCUUCCUAAAAUAAUCUACUUUCCACUAAAACCAUAAGCGGUGUAGAUCCUGAUCAUAAUAACAAUACUAUGUUGUAUAGCGGAACGUAUAAUACAAGCAGUCAUCACACAUCGAUAUGCAAAGACAAUUCCGAUCAAAAUAAUAUGGAUUCAUAGCUGUUAAUUGAUAUGAGUGGAGUUAGCAGCAAGCUAAAAGUAUUUGUUGAAAGAUACAGUUCAGAAUUUGCUCUUCUCAAAAGAGAAGUCGUAUCACUAAGAGAAAGAAAUUAAUUCUUGGAGUCACAAUUGAUGCUUUAAAGUAAUAGCGUGACCACUGCAGGAAGUACUAGUAACACAAUUCCUAAAUAUCAAAAGGUCUAAGAAUCUAUUGCAAGGAGGAAAUGUUGA